AUGUCGGGACGUAUACAGCCUCGACCAAUUCAAAGAAUCCUGGUUGCCAAUCGAGGCGAGAUUGCCGCUCGGAUUCUGUCAACAUGUCGUGAGCUCGGCUUGGAGACGUUUGCAGUCUUCACCGAGAAUGAUGUCAGCCAUGUCUACAAUGCAUCACAUGCCAUCAAGCUAGAGUCCCCAUCAUCGUAUGUGAACGUCGACGAGAUCGUGAAGAUCGUCCAAGAAAAGCAAAUCGAUGCAGUUCAUCCAGGCUAUGGCUUUCUCUCCGAGUCCUCUUUAUUGGCAUCUAGGAUGGCCGAGAUCAACGUCAUGCUUGUUGGGCCUGGAGCUGAGAAUCUGGAUCGAACGGGUGACAAGCUUCGUGCAAGGCAGCUGGCAGAAGAAUGCAAUGUACCUGUGCUACCAGCUUUCACCACACCGACCGGGAAAUUCGAAGAGGUCCAAAGCUUUGCGGAGAAGAAUGGUCUUCCGAUCAUGAUCAAGGCCGUUGAUGGUGGCGGCGGGCGAGGCAUCAGGCUUGUACGGAAGAUGGAGGUUUUGCAGAGUCUGGUCAAGAGAGCCAUUGAAGAGAGUCCAAGCAAGCAAGUCUUCGCCGAGAAAGCAGCUGUAGAUGGCUACAGACAUGUCGAAGUGCAGAUCGUGGGAGACGGGAAUGGAAAUGUUAUGCAUCUGUGGGAGCGAGAGUGCAGUAUCCAGAGGAGGUACCAAAAGAUCGUUGAACUAGCACCGAGUAUGUGUCAAGACAGGACUGCUGUGCAGCCUAUCAUUGAGGCUGCAGUCCGUAUUGCAAAGAAGUUCCUACUCAACCCAAACACCAAGGAGUUCUUCUUUCUCGAAAUCAACCCUCGCUUGCAAGUCGAACACACCAUCACUGAAUCGAUCUGCUCAACAGACAUCGUCCAAGCCCAACUGCGACUCGCUCAAGGCGCUUCCUUUUCCGACACCGGUCUCGAUACACUUUCUCAAAAUCCCCUCGCACCACCGCCUCAAUACUCAAUCCAACUCCGUCUGACUGCCGAAGAUCCGGAAAAGAACUAUUCCCUCAGCAUCGGCAAGAUCCAGUCAUUCAAAUUUCCUUCUGGAGUGGGAACCAGAGUCGACACAGCCCUAGUACCCAACAUUCCAGCAGUCGUAACCUCAGACUUCGACAGCGUUAUCGCGAAAAUCAUCAUCACCGCACGAACGUGGCCAGACACUGUCUCGAAAGCCCGACGAGCCUUAGAUGACACUCAAGUCAAAGGCAUCCAAACCAAUCUCGCCCUAUUGCGAGCCAUUGUCCGGCACCCCGACUUCGAGAACGGCCAAUGCGACACUCAAUGGUUAGAGUCAAAACACGAAGACCUCCUCACCCUCAGCCGGAAACAUCAAGACGGUCCCGAUCCCUUACACGGACUCGUCCAGCAAGAAUCCCAAUCUGCCCCAUCCGCUUCAUCCAGCCACGACACCGCAAUCUUUAAAAAAGACGACGCCUGGACCAUCACCCUCACACCCCACAACGUCGAAAUCCAGCAACAGCAACAACCAUACCACCUCCAACUCACCAAAAUCCUCAAAAACAACUUCCCGGCUUCCUUCGCCGCAGAAAUCCUCUACACAUCCCCCGCCUCCAAACCCGUUCCCUUCACCCUAGCCCUAAAAUCUUCCACCGCGUCAGGCUCGGCGAUGGGUUCGAGUCAUCCGUACGGGAAUCCAUCGGACGCGAGGCAUGUUAUCAUCCCAAUUUCUGGGAAGUUAGUGGAAGUUUUGGUUGAGGUGGGGGAUGCGGUUCGGAAGGAUGAGCCGGUUUGUGUGAUCAAGCAGAUGAAGAUGGAGGUGGAGGUGAGGUCGCAUAGAGGUGGGGUUGUGAGUUGGGUGACGGAAGCGGAGGAUGGGGAGGAUAUUGCGGAGGGGAUGUUGGCGGCUGUGAUUGUUGAGGAGGAGAGGGUUGGGGCGAAGUUGUGA